CCAAACCAAGCCAGAAGCCGAACCAAACCCAAAAACCGAUACAAAACUCGUCAGCUUCAACGAAUCCACUGUAACUUAUUAACUUAUUGUCGUGUUUUAACUUAAAUUUAAGCAUUACUUAAAAAUUUGUGGAUUUAAGAGUUGCCACAACAAGUUAUUUCGAAUAAAGGAAGUGGAGUGAAGUGUGUCAUAAUUUGUAUGCCGACGUCAAGAAAGCUAGCUGUUUAGAGAGUUAGGAGCCGAUUAGGCUCACGAUUGUUAGAAAAUGGAUAGCAAAGGAAGAAAAGUAAUCGUAUGCGAUAACGGCACUGGCUUUGUGAAAUGUGGAUAUGCUGGAUCGAACUUCCCUGAACAUAUUUUCCCUUCAGUGGUCGGUAGACCAAUUAUAAAAGCAGUAAACAAGAUUGGAGACAUUGAAGUUAAGGGAUAUUGUGUGAGAGACUUGAUGGUCGGUGAUGAGGCCAGUAAGUUACGCUCGAUGUUGGAACUCAGUUACCCCAUGGAGAACGGAAUUGUCCGUAAUUGGAAAGACAUGUGCCACGUUUGGGACUACACUUUUGGACCUGAAAAAAUGAACAUCGAUCCAAAAGAAUGCAAGGUUUUGUUAACGGAACCUCCCAUGAAUCCUAUAAAGAACAGGGAGAAAAUGAUAGAGGUGAUGUUCGAGCAGUACCAGUUCCACGGAGCUUACAUCGCCAUACAAGCUGUUCUGACGUUGUACGCGCAGGGUCUGUUGAGCGGAGUAGUGAUAGACUCUGGGGAUGGUGUGACUCAUAUAUGUCCUGUGUAUGAGGAGUACGCUCUGCCUCACCUCACCAGGAGACUUGACAUUGCUGGCAGAGACAUCACCAAGUAUCUUAUCAAGCUUUUGCUACUGCGAGGAUAUGCGUUCAACCACACGGCUGACUUUGAAACUGUGCGAAUUAUGAAGGAGAAGCUAUGUUACGUCGGUUACAACAUAGAAACUGAACAGAAGUUGGCAUUGGAAACAACAGUGUUGGUGGAACCUUACACGUUGCCAGACGGCCGAGUUAUCAAGUUGGGAGGUGAGAGGUUUGAGGCUCCGGAAGCUCUGUUCCAGCCACAUCUCAUUGAUGUUGAAGGUCAAGGUAUCGCAGAGUUAGUUUUUAACACUAUCCAGGCAGCAGACAUAGACAUUAGAGCAGAGCUGUACAAACACAUUGUACUGUCCGGGGGCUCCACCAUGUAUCCUGGACUGCCAAGCAGGCUAGAGCGGGAGAUCAAACAACUGUAUUUGGAGCGAGUGUUGAAAAAUGACAUCUCAAAACUCAACAAACUGAAAAUCAAGAUAGAAGAUCCACCAAGACGGAAAGACAUGGUGUUCAUCGGAGGUGCGGUGCUUGCCGAAGUGAUGAAAGAUAAACCAAACUUCUGGAUCACCAGUCAGGACUAUCAGGAGAUGGGGAAAAAUGUGCUCAAUAAGUUAGGGCCGAGAUCAAGCUAACUCGUCUGAUCUAUUUAACCCCUAAUCUAAUUUACCUUGAUAAUCAUAUAAAGAUAAUUGCAUUUAUUUGAACAUUGUCUAUUGUACAGCAAUAAUUUGGAUUGUGUUGAACUGAAGUGGGAUUUGCACAAUCAAGUUAAAUUAACAUUUUAUUUUUCCAUUUAAUUUUGAAUAGGCUAUAAAGAAAGUAGUAAAUUAAAACCAAAUGGAUGUAAAUUCAAAUGGAUUUACUAUUUUUACAUCAAUUAUUUUAUAUAUUACAUUUAUUUAUUUAUUCUAUUCUAUGCAUGUCAAUCCUUCCAAAGGAUUUUAGGUGAAUCUGCUAAUGUUUUCACCAAAGCUUCGUUGUUUCAGUAUGUUACCUGUACUGUUACUACAUGGUACUCCACCACUAAUAAUGUAUCUUAUAUUUAACAUCCCGUGAUUUUAAAAAAUUCAAUUUUUUAAUCUCUCCUCGCAAUUUACAAGACAAGGUCUUCCCAAACUUUUAUUUUGUGUUCUAAUAACAUACAGCUUGUUGCCAUAUAUUUCAGUGGUAUUCAUAAUUUCAAUUGCAUUUAAAAGUUGAGCAGUUUGGGUAGAUUGAAUAAAAUAAACAUUGUAAAUUGUGAUGUCAUGUAAAAAGUAUUCCAUAAAGAGACUAGAUGUAUAUUUAUUAUUAUGUUAUUCAUUCAGUUUUAUCAUUUAUAUUCAUUUAAGAUGAUUUUGUAUAAUUAUAACGAUAAGAAAUAAAGAUUUAUUGUUUUAUUUG